AUGGAGCAACCACGUUAUACGUUUUCCGCUCAAAACGGUUAUAUCAAUAUCGUUAAAAUCCUUGUUGAAGGCGGCGCUGACACAGAGAAGAAGUUCAAGAGUGGUUGCAACACCUCUUUUAGUUGCAUCUCAAAAUGGCUUCAUGGAUAUUGUUGUCUUCCUCGUGGAGAAGAAGGCAAACAUCAACGCUACAACAGAAAGUGGAAUCUCUGUAAGAAGAUUGGAAAGACAAAGGAAAUAAAGAAUACUUGA